AUGAGAAAUCAGUUUGAAAUGGAUGAAAGAGCACCAUUAAAAAGAAUGCUUUGUCUAGUGAGACCGUUUCGUCUGAGGAGCAUUGCUGGCGCGUGCGGUUGCACUUUCCCACCUUAUAAAGCAGCCUUAAUUCUCCGGACUAUAUCAAGGUUCCUGCGAACCGACUCGCAUGGAUCUCUCACGUGGCGCAAUGCCGCAUCCGCUGAGGCCUUCGCGUUAUCGGAGGAGUCUCUCUAUAAUAAAGCGCUAGAGAUGACUCAUGCAUCGACUGCUAAUCUCAAAUCUCAGUUGGAAAGUUACGCACUGCCUCAAGAAUUGCAGUACUUCAAAGAAGAGAAAGAGUGUCAGUACUCCAACCAUCACCUUGUGCGGUUGCAUUCUUCUAAAACUUGCUGUUUUUUAUCAGUUAUAACUGAAAAUGGAUGCGCUGGGUCGGCUGAAUCUAUUUGCGCUGGAUCGCGCAAUCUCGAUGCUAUAUUCAUGGAUCAACCAGCAGCGUUGCAAUACAUUCCGAACGGAAUGAAUCCUGCUCCGGAUCCAGAUCAGGUUAAUGAACCUUACAUGGUACCACCCAAUCCUAAUGAGGCUGGUGCUAUGGCACAACUUAAUCCUAAUGAGGCUGGUGCUAUGGCACCACCUAAUCCUGAUGACGCUGGUGCUGGACCGGACUUAGUCGCCAUCCAAGAGAAUGCUGGUGGGGAGCCUAAUCCCAACGGAAUUAGAGUGGAGCCUAUCGUUGAAUUAGGGCGGCAGGACAAGCUCCUCUUUUUUGCGUGCUAUACAGUGAUCCAUGCCACCACCUUCGAGGAACUGAAAAGAUUGAUAUUGUUGAUUGAAGUGGUUUCGGAAAGGACAUCAGACAUAAGUGCGCUAGAGAUUAGGAGCUUUCUCGAAGAGCUGACAGGUGAUUUGAACACGAGAAGUUACUUCUUCUGUAACUCUUGUCACCACUCACUGAUCGAGCAGCGAUCACUUUGUGAUAAUCCGCAGUGCGAGUUAAGAGGGAAACAUCCUAAGCGAUCAAAUUUACAAAGGAGAGCAACGCUUUCAUUGCUUGAUGUUCGCCCACAGAUUGAGACAGUCCUCACAAAACACUUGUCCCUACUCCUCAGCAUUCACCGACGCUUACACGAGGAUCAAAUUGACCAUGGUUGGCGUUCACAGCCUGCUGAUUAUCCUGAAUUCAAGAGAAAUUGUGAGUCUUCCUCUGACUUUCACAUGCACAAAAUUACCGUUCAAUUAACGCUAGCUACCGACGGAUUUACACCUUCUCGAUUGAACAAGCAAGAGCUGUGGCCGUUAUACAUACGAGUUGAUGAUUUCCCCCAGAAAAUCGGGAAUAACUACUCGAAUAUAGUCCUGGCUGGGAUUUUGCGAACAACAAAAACCCCUACCGAGAUCUUAUGGGAGGGACUUUGGAAUCAUUUGGUGGCGGAGCUGUCUAUUUUGAACGCCAACGAAUUCCUUCGAGUGCGUGAUAGAAAUGGGGAUAUGUGGACUGUCAGCCUCCGUUUGGUACAUGGUGUUGUGGACUAUCAGGGCUUAAAGGAUAUUUUUGGAAUUCCAUGCUGGAACUCUUACUAUGGCUGUCACAAGUGUCUAUAUCGUGGCAACAGGCAAGCGGGAACAAGAGCCCUCAACUGGUAUUGUGCAAAUCCGCAGGAUUGCCUUAAGAGAACAUCGGAAAACAUACUGCGUGAUGCAGAGCGCAGGGCAAAUGGACUCAACAGGGGGAGAACUUCGGCAAUGACCUUGUUCACGCCUGCAAUGUGCUGCGCCGACGCUCUCCACGUGAUUAGUGAAGGAGUUACCCAGGACCGCUUGCGAGAUUUGCUGUCUCGAUCAUCAAAGCUCGACGGUAUGAGACUGGCACGAGAAACGAUUGCGGAACUGCGCGGGGUAUUAGCGGGUGUAAGAAAUUAUACCUAUAGUCCGAAGUUCAUCCUUGGGUUCGAGGACCUGCCGUCUAUGACUGGAGCAGAGGUUGAGAUGCUGGCAAAUAUCAUCUUCCCUCUAGUCGGAGCCGCCGCUCUCUGUCCAUCUCCAUUAUGCACUGCAUCCCUCGUCGGGUACUGGUAUUGCAUAAAGGAACUGCAAGCUGUAGAAGAUCUUACCACCGUGAAUAUCGAGUUCGUACAAACUGCUAUGUGUCUUGUCAAGCAACUCUGGCAUGAAAUGUCAGACAGCAUGUUUACGUUAAAAGCACAUAAUCUAUUUGACCAUUGCGUUCUCGAAGAAGUUGAACUAUACGGCAGUCCUUAUGUAUGGAGCGCAGCCCCAUUCGAAUCUAUUCACCGCAUUCUGCAAGUUCCCCAUAAUCAGUAUGUAUCGAACUCCAAUGACAGAAUUCUUAAUAGAUUUGUCCAAAUGAAAAAGCUUGCGGUGCUCAUGGAAGAAGCAUUUCUGAGAAACCAUUCUGGAAGAUUCGAAAGUUUAUUAGGCGCUAUGAAAAAUGAAGCGAAAAGAUUCCCCCUGAAGGUGCAACUGGCGGCCGGCUAUUAUGUACCCGACAACAGCGAAGUGGCCAUAAACACUUUAACAGAAGACCAUCGGAUCAUGUUCUACCAACACCAUAGAGGGAUGAGCAGUGUUAAAUUGUAUUCACGUGUUGUCGUAAAUGGAAAGGUUUUUUGCUCGAAUACAUACUGGCAGAGAAUGUGCGAUACGGAUACUUCUUCUUUUUGCAUAAGAGCUACGGAAGAUGGCGUUACACAGAUCUACUCAUACGGGAAACUAGUCUUGAUUAGUUUUCAUGAAUGCAUAAAAUGGAUUAACGUUACGGAUAUUAUUAGACCAGCUGUAUUUGUGGAAAUGAGAUCUCGAAUGUUUGCGUUGAAAAUUUAA